UUCAAGAUGGCCGCCGUCGGGAAGGAGAGACGUUGCUAAGGGGCUUGCCUGAGGCGAGGGACUCUAACAUUUUCAUAGAACCUUUUGGAAAGAACAAAAGUCUAGUUCAAUAAAUGAAGGAGAAUAAAGAAAACUCAAGCCCUUCAGUAACUUCAGCAAACCUGGACCACACAAAACCAUGUUGGUACUGGGAUAAGAAAGACUUGGCUCAUACACCCUCACAACUCGAAGGACUUGAUCCAGCCACUGAGGCCCGGUACCGCCGAGAGGGGGCUCGGUUCAUCUUUGAUGUGGGCACACGUUUGGGGCUACACUAUGAUACCCUAGCAACUGGAAUAAUUUAUUUUCAUCGCUUCUAUAUGUUUCAUUCCUUCAAGCAAUUCCCAAGAUAUGUGACAGGAGCUUGUUGUCUGUUUCUGGCUGGGAAAGUAGAAGAAACACCAAAAAAAUGUAAAGAUAUCAUCAAAACAGCUCGUAGUUUAUUAAAUGAUGUUCAGUUUGGCCAGUUUGGAGAUGACCCAAAGGAAGAAGUAAUGGUUCUGGAAAGAAUCUUACUACAGACCAUAAAGUUUGAUUUACAGGUAGAACAUCCAUACCAAUUUCUACUCAAAUAUGCAAAACAACUCAAAGGUGAUAAAAACAAAAUUCAAAAGCUGGUUCAAAUGGCAUGGACAUUUGUAAAUGACAGUCUGUGCACCACCUUGUCACUACAGUGGGAACCAGAGAUCAUAGCAGUAGCAGUGAUGUAUCUUGCAGGACGUUUGUGCAAAUUUGAAAUACAAGAAUGGACCUCUAAACCCAUGUAUAGGAGAUGGUGGGAACAAUUUGUUCAAGAUGUCCCUGUUGACGUUUUAGAAGACAUCUGCCACCAAAUCCUGGAUCUUUACUCACAAGGAAAACAACAGAUGCCUCAUCACACCCCCCAUCAGCUGCAGCAGCCCCCAUCUCUUCAGCCUACACCACAAGUGCCACAAGUACAACAGUCACAACCAUCUCAAGGCUCUGAACCAUCCCAGCCUCAGCAAAAGGACCCCCAGCAGUCAGCCCAGCAGCAGCAGCAGCAGCAGCAACAGCAGCAGCAAGCGCAGCAGCCCAAGAAACCCUCUCCACAGCCUAGUCCUCCCCGACAGGUUAAACGAGCUGUGGUUGUCUCUCCCAAAGAAGAGAACAAAGCAGCAGAACCACCGCCACCUAAAAUCCCCAAAAUUGAGACAACUCACCCACCACUGCCUCCAGCCCACCCACCUCCAGACCGGAAGCCUCCCCUUGCCGCUGCCUUAGGUGAGGCUGAGCCACCAGGCCCAGUGGAUGCCAGUGACCUCCCCAAAGUCCAGAUUCCUCCUCCGGCCCACCCGGCCCCCGUGCACCAGCCACCACCGCUGCCACACCGGCCCCCACCUCCACCCCCCUCCAGCUACAUGACGGGGAUGUCCACUACCAGCUCCUACAUGUCAGGAGAGGGCUACCAGAGCCUGCAGUCCAUGAUGAAGACUGAGGGCCCCUCCUAUGGUGCCCUGCCCCCUGCCUAUGGCCCACCCGCUCACCUUCCCUAUCACCCCCAUGUCUACCCCCCCAACCCACCCCCACCACCUGUGCCCCCUCCCCCUGCCUCAUUCCCCCCACCUGCCAUUCCUCCCCCUACUCCUGGCUACCCUCCACCUCCACCUACCUACAACCCCAACUUCCCGCCUCCACCCCCACGCCUGCCCCCAACCCACGCAGUUCCACCCCACCCUCCUCCAGGCCUGGGCUUGCCACCAGCUAGCUACCCACCUCCCGCUGUCCCCCCUGGAGGACAGCCACCUGUGCCCCCACCUAUCCCCCCACCCGGCAUGCCUCCAGUUGGGGGGCUAGGGCGGGCAGCCUGGAUGAGAUAACGUGACGCCUUUUUCUUUUUUUUUUUUUUUAACAAGAGUUUUUCUAAUCAACUUGAAGAAUAGUUUAGGUGGGUAAGCAGCAGGGUACCUUGUAUAAUGCUAGACAGUUGCAGUAUGAAAAGAAUGGACCAGCCCCCUGGGAUGAAGUUGGGGUGCUCCUCAUGUCUAGAGGAUGGAGACAGCCAGCUUUCAGUGUAGCCUGGGCAGCACCUUUUGCCAUCUGACUGUGUACGUAACUUGGUUUCCACUAACAUCAUCAGAGUCCUGCACUGGGUUACUUUAUACUAGUAAUAAAUGUUAACCAGCCAUAUUGGCUCAAUAAAUAGCUUCAGUAAGGAGUGAUCUUUCCUUCUAGAAAUCAGUGCCUAUUUUUCCUGGAAAUUCAAUUUUAAAUAGUCUAAUUCCAUCUGAAAUCAGGCUGUUGUCAUAGUUUUUAUUCAGUGAUGUUCUAAUGACACCCAGAAGGGUCAGAUGAACCACGUUUUUGAUUUAUAAAUGUUUGCAUCCUUUGUAUUAAAAUUAUUUUGAAGGGGUUGCCUUGUUGGAUGGCUUUUUUUUUCCCCUCUAGGGAGAAGGAGAAGUAUUUACUAGGAAAGUAAUGUACACAUAUGUUUACAUCUAUUUGCAAAUUCCUGUACAUAGAGAUAUAUUUUUUAAGUGUGAAUGUAACAACUUACUGUGAAUUCCAUCUUGGUUACAGAUGAGACUCCUUCAGUCAGUUAUCCAAAUAAAAUCAGUUCUGAAACUA